UGAUAGCAUCUUACAAAGAGCCUGUGCCUGGCUGGGUGGACAAUAUGAAUGGCCCGACUGGAUUAAUGAUCGGCGCGGGUAAAGGAGUGAUACGAUCUAUGCUCUGCAACGCGGAUUACAUGAGUGAUAUAAUUCCCUGCGAUAUGGCUAUAAACGCAACAAUAGCUCUGGCUUGGCAAGUCGGGACGGAGAAAUCUAUCAAACCGAUAUUUUUAAACGCCACAGCGAAUCAAGAGAAUCCGAUUUCUUGGGGUGACGCUUUAGAGCUUGGGAAGAAACAUGUAUUCGACAACCCUUUUUCUCAACCGCUAUGGUAUCCCGGUGGAAGAAUGACUUCCUCCAAAGUUUUACACUGGCUUGCCGUCAUAUUCUUUCAAACUAUACCCGCCUAUCUGUUAGACAGUUUACUUAUUGUGACUGGAAAUAAGCCCUUCCUGGUGCGAGUACAAAAUAGAGUAAAUGCCGGAUUAGAUUUGCUUCAAUAUUACACUAUGAAACAGUGGAUCUUUCGCAAUGACAAUCUGCGCGAUUUGCAGCAUCGAUUAUGUCCAUCUGAUAAAGAGAUAUUUUUCAUGGACACGAAAGUUAUCCAUUGGAACGAAUAUAUAUUAAAGUACAUUUUAGGUACGAGGCAAUAUUACCUAAAGGAUGAUCCUUCGACAUUGCCUCGAGCGAGACGAGUCUUUACAUAUUUAUAUUUCGCUGAUUGUUUGCUAAAAUUAAUAUUUGGAAUUUUCCUUGUUUGGAUAAUGUAUACCUGGACAAUUUCCGCUAAACCUCUCGUAGCGAUGUUAAUUCAGCCAAGUAAAUAAGUGUGUAGAGUAUACUGUUUGCAGUAUGGAAGUUAAGUAUGUAAAUUUUUUCCUAGAAUAAAAACGUAAAAGUAAAAAAAAUUUUAUAUGUAUGUGUAUACA